AGAAACUUGAGUCCCAGGAGGGCCACAACGUUCUUACGUCUCCCGCUUGGAGGAUUCCACUUGGUCGACGAGAGCAGAGGAGAGGAGAGGAUUCGAACGUGGGUUUGAAAUUUCGAAUGACAGGAAAUGCCCUAGAGCCCGAGAAAAUCGUCGUGUCCGAAUUCUCGGGCCCGGCUGAUUCGCGUGCACUCCGGCCCCGAUCCGAGUCGUGGUGCUUGAGUCAUUCGCAAUUCUGAGUGCAGAGCAAUUCUGACCUCGCGUGAUUCGAUGCGUGGUGGCAGUGACGGAAUCUGAGCGUUCCACGUUUGCUUCGAAGCAUCCGAUGCUCGGGAUUGCGAUUGCCAAGCUCUCCGUGGGCGAUACGGUUCGAGAAUGACAUCAAUCGGAGUUCGAGGAUCUUGAAUAAAGUGCGUCCAGAAAUGAUGGAUUUUCUCGAAGGUGGAUGAAAUGUGGAGUUAUCCGGUGAAUGCUUUCCGAUACGAAUUGAGGAUCGCAUGUCCUUCGCCUCCCUACUGUCACAGGGCGCGGAUGGAGGAGCUUCGUCGGGUUUUCUCGACUCUUAUAAGUCCAAUCUGUAAUCCGGAGACAUGACCGGCGAACUCUGCAGAGUGUGGAUUUUACUGAAGGUGCUGGAGGUGGUGAAUGGUGGAGGAAGUUGAUCGGAGGCAUCGUCAUCUUGAGCUAGAGAAAGCGCGAAAAACAUGGCAGGAGCUCCCAGCCGUUUCGUUCUGACCCCUCAUAAGCUGGUAAUGUGCAUUUUGCUGAAUGCUGUGGCAGCCCCCCGUCAGGGCUCGACAUCUCUCGUAGCCCUUCCAUUGUCGUCACGCCACCGGUUAGCUCGACUCCUGCUCGACUUCGUCAAGGCUUCUGCGAGUCUUCUGGAACCGACGUAUGAAGAACUCGAGCACAGUCUCGAGAAAGCUCUGGGGACGGAAAGUGGGUUCUCCGAGGAGCUUCACAGUUUGUUGAAGUCAUUCGCCACACCCGAAGACUUGUUCAACUUGUUUUUGAGUCUGCGAGAACUUUUGGCAUCUUCCCCUCGCCCGAACCUGAUCACUAGCCGAGGUGAUGGUGACCAGCUCUCAGUGGAUUUGAGCAGUACUUUGGGCCUCUUCCUUCGUCGAUGCAGUUUGUCAUUCAACGAACUUUCGUUCGAGCAGGUCUGCAGACUGUUAAGGGAGCUCAAGCAUUACCGUGAGUUGUCAGACACAGUGAAGAGCAGUGCCCCUCCCGAUUCCACCUUAGUAAGGUACUUUCAACAGCAUCAAUUUCUGGAUGAAGGUAUCAAGGAAGAGACGAGCUCUUCUGCGAAGCUGGGACUCGGCGGGAAUACGAGAGGCUUAUUCGGAGGCCUACGCGAAAGUGUGGGCGGGGACAUCUUUGAAGCUAGGCAGUCUUCAGGUUUGGCCAACAGAGAUGGAGCAUCAACCGGGAUCCGCAGUGCGACUCCAUCUGGGGAGACUACAAGCAAGCGACACUUCUUGCGCACUUCUGGGGAGGUAGAGGCCUAUCUUAGUGAGCAAGCUGUGAUUCUCGAGACGAAGAGGAGCUUCGAAAAGGACUUUACGGAUGGUCUUGUCACAAGGCUGUCUGAGCUGAAAGAAUUGGCCUCCCACAUACCUCAAGUGCACUAUGUUCAGUAUUUGAAUUACCUCUUCCAAAAGGAUUACCCGGCAGCCAUGGAAAGUCUUCAUCGAUUCUUCGAUUUUAGUGCAGGAGAAGUAUUUAUCCCUGGCAGUGUCACACAGUAUGAGUCUGGUAUCGGGAGGCUCCAAGCGGGGUUGCUGGGCCUGGGACAUAUGCAUUCACAUAUGGGUCAUAUCACCAUGGCAUUGCAGGCACUGAAUGAGUCGAUUCUCAUAGCUCAACAAAACAACGAUAACCAUUGCCUUUUACACGCCCUUGCAGCUCUGUGCAAUCUUUUCUCCGAAGUUGGAGUGUAUACUGAUGACGAUGAAAGAUGCAAGUGGAUCACUCAUCCUGGUCUUGAUCCCGAGUACAAGUUCUAUCCAGCUCCUGAGCAACAUUUUGUGGGUCUUCUAAAGCGUUGUCUGCGCAGGGCUCUGGAGUUAAGAUUGCCACAGCUUAUAGGUUUCAGUCGGUUGGCCAUUGCUAAGAUCAAGCUACAGCACGUACACAAGAUUGCUGUCGUGGCCCGUAUGAGGAACUCCCUCCAAUUUGGGACUUCACCUUUAGAAGUCUGUAAGAUUCUUCGAGUUAACCAGUGCUCUCUCGGUAACGUUGAUAGUAAUGGCUUCCGGAUGAGUCCGUCUACUCCACAUGGGAGGAAUUCACAUGCAGAUCUUACCAGUGUCGGUCAAGUACCAGCAAUCUCAGGAGCCCUUUCCGUCACCAGCUGGGGUUGGUGGAAACCACAGCUCAAGUGGCUGGCAAGAUCUAUGCUGAAACUUGGUGGCACUUCGCAACUUCUCCGAGCUUCCUCGUGGGAACACUAUGGCAGUGAACCUUUAGUACGAGCAAGUACAUUGGUUCACAUUGCUUGCUACGCCGAUGCCUCAAGUGCAGAUGAUCUUUCUCUUGCUUAUAUCAAGUUAGUCAAAUUGCAAACAAACCUCAGAGGAUACUCUGCGGGCUGUGACUCUCUUGUUACAGCAGCGAAGAGAUUCCCUCUCCUAUCUAAAUCAAGAGUUCGAGCACUGGAGCUGCAAUGCACUGUGGAGAGGGCGCUGUAUCAAGGGGAGACAGAGGUAGCUCAAGUGGCUAAUGGGGAACUUUUAGCUCUUGCCUCCAUUGUGUCAGGUGUGGAUAUGGGCAUCAAAAUACAAGCUAGUGUUUAUAAAGCUCAAAUACAGCUAGCGGUGUGCCAGUACAAGGAAGCAGCAAUAUCAACUAACCGACUAUUUUCCUUGUGCUUCAAGGGGAAUAUGCAGCAGGAUAGCAUUAACUUGCUACUGCUUAUGGCAGAUAUUUAUAAGAAGGCUGGAAAUGCAGUCACGGGUCUUCCUUAUGUUUUGGCAGGUCUUACACUCUGCCAGUCCUUGAAUCUUGACCUGCUUCAGGCUUCUGCAAUGGUAACUCUAGCAGAACUUUGGAUUGGAUUGGGCAUGUUUCCUGGAAGACGUGGCCUUGUUCUUCUGCAGCAGUGUAUGCCUGUAGUUCUCGGGCACGGAAGUCUCGAACUUCGUGCUCGAGCCAACUUUGCCGUUGCACAAUGCUACUUAAGUGAUCCAGGCUUCUCAGUAAAGAAAGAACCUAGAGUUGUGUUGCAACCUUUGCAGGCUGCUGUAUCACAGGCCCAGCAGAUAGAGCACACAGAGCUUACUAUGGAGUCAUUGUACCUCCAUGCUGUUGUGCUCGAUUCCUUGGGCUUGAUUGAUGAACGAGAUCAAGCCGCUGCGGCCUACCAGAGGUGUGUAAUGGGUAUGCAGGUGCGGUAAAACUUAGAUUCCAGUCACUUCUUGUACUAUAUAUUUUUCUACCCCUUACAGGGGUACAUGAUUGAGUCGUGAAAAGAAGAGUGCGUGAAAUUUUUGCCAACGCCAGUGUACAUUUUCUUCCUCUCAUCGACCUGCUGUAGAGUUCCUCCGUGACAGGCUGGCUGUUUGUCGUGCAAGUUGGUUUAGUUGAUCGAAUAAUGUCUGUUUACUAAGCGGGUGAGUUCCACCUCCAGAAUGGGCCACUUCAGCAACACCAGUCAACUCCUUAACUUUGAGAUACUACUCGAC